UUCCAAUGAAGUUUUGAUAUUCGGUCUGCUACAUCACGAUAAAGUCACUUUUCUCAAGUUAGGAGCAAUAAUUGUUACUUAAACUAACGCCGAACAUUUUCUAUCAUAUGUGUGAUUCAUUCUACAUCAACGAUGUCGAGAGGAGAGUCAGUCUGGGACUUAGCUUCAAACCAAGCCAAAGCAGCAGAGGUUGAAGAAGGCAAGGCCGGAGAGGAAUCAUCUGUUCUAUUUGUUGGAAGCAAAAAUUCUGGGAAAACUUCAAUAAUCCUAAGGUUCUUAGAUAGGGAUGAAGCCCCUAAGCCCACCACUGCACUGGAGUAUACAUUUGGUAGACGAGCCAAGGGUCACAACAUUGCCAAAGAUGUAGGGCAUAUCUGGGAACUUGGCGGUGGGACCUGGCUUUCUAAGCUAAUUGACAUACCUAUCAAUGAAGAUUCAAUACUGCACACAUCCCUGAUCCUUGUUCUUGAUCUCUCCCUUCCUAAUGAACUGUGGGUAACAUUAGAAACAAUGCUGCACACUGCCAAGUCUAGACUAAAUGAGGUGAUAGGGCGAAAUAGCAAGCUCAGGGACACACUGAAACAAAGAGCCAUAGAGAGAGUCGGACAAGACCACCAGGACAAAGACAUGAUUGAUCCUUUCCCUAUUCCACUCGUGAUGAUUGGAGGAAAAUAUGAUAUCUUCCAAGAUUUUGACCCAGAAAAGCGGAAAGUUGUGUGUAAGACAUUACGAUUUGUUGCCCAUACUUAUGGAGCCACGCUGCAGUUCUUCAGUACAAAGCAGGAGAAUCUCAUGAACAAAUCUCGGGUCAUUAUCAGCAAUCUUGUCUUUGGAACGGCACCUAGUAAAACACUGCAGACGGAGCACAACAAACCUAUUUCUGUUGUGGCUGGGGCUGAUUGCUUGUCUCAGAUUGGCUCUCCACCAAUUGCUGAAGGAGAUCUUGGAAGACUGAACGCAAGAACACCUUUGGACCUCUGGAAGCACGCUUUCAUUACCUUCUUCCCACAAGAAAAUUUGAAUGACCAGUCUGUUGUUGAUGAUCCAGCGAAAGAUCCCCAGUAUACAGAAGCGGUUAUUGACAACCUGCGGUCUCAGAAAGAUGAGGAGUUAGAAAGAUAUCGUCGACUGUGUGAAAGACGUGCCAAGGAAACAGCUGCAAUGUCUGCAGAUGGUUACUAAAACGACUUGUUUUAAUCAAAAAAGCCUGCACCAUACACUGUUUGUAGUGAUAAAUGGCAGACUUGAUGUUGUGGAACUUUCCUCUUGACUAAAUCCCUUAACAUUUUAUGGUGACAUGAUGACUGUGGUCACACAACUGCUGUGCAGACUAAAGCAUGAUAGCGUCAUGCCCAAGAUUGAUCUAUUAAGGAAAUAUCUUGAGGCAUGGAAACAAAACUUGUGAUGUGGUCCGUCACAAUGGCCUUCUUUUUGUGGACAGAUGUAAAAUUUCGGUCUGGAAGACCUUUGUACAAUGAAUCCGUCCUGAAGUUUAUCAUGUAGAUAGAGUAUUCUUUGCCUGAAAU